CCCGCCGAGAAUGAUCAUGAUCUUCGCCGUCGACCGGGAGAUAGGAAGGACUGCCGAUAGUCGUCAGAAUGCAUCGGUACAGGCCAACUGCGGUUGGAGAUUUGGAGUUGCAACAACAAGUUGUGCUCCGAUGUUCACCCUGAUUGGUAUAGUGCCGAUCCUUAUUGCUUCCCCGGUUGCGACUGUUACAGUUUAUCGCGAGGCUGUUCACGAAAUGGGAGAUUUAGGAGACUGGGAAAUGGAGAUAAAGCGCCAGGACCAGAUGGAUAUGUACAAUAGCUUAAAGGGAACUUGUUGACAGCUUUUGAUGAAUUUUAUACCACUGGAAUCCUGCCACAAUAGCAUAGCACACUCCUUCCUUAAUUUUCUCGACUUUAAAAUCGAUACUAUAUGACUAAAAUGAUAUAUACCAUGUUAGCGAACAAACGAAACGAUCAUGUAGUCCCAACAACUCAAACCAUGCGUCGUUGGAAAAAAGGUUAUGUGUGAAUUUUAAGGCAUAAAGCUUGGAGUUAACU